UAUCAACAACUCAUUCGAUCAAAAUGGCUUUAUAAAUUAAUAUAUGCUGAGCAAUAUUUAGAACGAAAAGAUAUUCAUAUACAAUUUAUAGAAUGGUUUUUAACAUGCCUUAAAGCCAAAAAGAAAAUACCAAAAGCAUAUAUUAAAAUCAAGUUUCUUAUAGGAUAUGAUUCUGAAUUACAAAUAAUAUCAACCCAAGAUUUUAUAUCAAUAAACCUUCUUCCUGGUCAAUGCACAUAUCAAAUGUCUGAUUUUGUAGUUCAUACAAUAAUGAGACUUCAAAAUAUUGUUAAAGAUCCUUAUUCAUUUUUCAAAAUAGAGUUACUAGAAGAUAUUGAUUUGCUCAAUGAUUAUCAAAUUAAUAAAAUUAUACUAGAUCUUAAACAUGGAAUACUUUUGCUAUCAGUACCUUCAUUGAGAAAAUUGUGUUAUAUGAAAUUUCUUAAAUUAGAUAUUGAAUGUGAUGAAUCCAAUGACUUUGACCUAUCAGCUAUAUUAAGAGAUCCAAUAUUUAAUUAUGAAUUUUACCAGUUUAUCCAAGAACAAAAUUCUCGAAAUCAACUUUCUAAGAU